AUGUCAAAUCGCUACUCCAUUGAAAAAGAAAUAUCUAUCAACCCACAAUCGUUUGUUGGCAUCGAGGAAGUAAUUAAGAAAAAUGGCAACAGCACGUGCCUCUACAUCUCCUAUGACUACGUUGACAAUAUAUUUUUGUGGGUUCUGAAACAAAGCACACCGGUAGCUUUCCGAACAACGAAACUUUGUGAAAGCUAUGUUAGCAAGCACGGCAAAAUCUCUGUGUAUGAGCUGUUUGGAAACGAAAGCUUCUUAAGAAGAUUUCACGUUUUACCUCAAGAGCAAUGCGAAGACCGAUCACUCUUCUCUUCAUUCGCCAACCAGCGUCCUCUUUUAGAUGAGGAACAAGUAUACACAGGCCCUGAACCGCCAACACUCUCUCAGGUUUACGACAUGUUGAUUGCUCCCGUAAGAGACUUGCUAGAAGGAUCUGAUGAAAUCAUUGUUGUUCCUGAUAACUGUUUCUUCCAAGUUCCUUUUGCAGCAUUACCUGAUGAAAGUAACCGCUAUUUAUCAGAUUCUUUCAGGAUACGCAUUGUCCCUUCUUUAACGGCUCUCAAGCUCAUUCUGGACAGUCCAGCGGUCUCUCACAGCGAAACUGGUGCAUUGAUUGUGGGUGAGCCAAGUGUGAUGAAUGUGUAUUUCAAGGGAGAGUUAGGGUCUCUCUGUCCAUUGCCUGGCGCGAAAGCAGAAGCAGAGAUGAUUGCAAGACUACUACCUCAAUCUCACCUUUUAAUAGGAGAGCAGGCAACAAAGCAGACAGUCCUUCAGAGAAUACCGUCAGUGAGUCUCGUACAUAUCGCUGCUCAUGGUGAUGCCGAAAGAGGAGAAAUUGCUCUUACCCCCCUGACUCCACAGUGGGGAUUCCACAUGAAGCAGACUACUUACUGUCAAUGA